GACAGGAGAAUUUCUUGCGAACCCACCUCGUUCUGUUGAAAAAUUUUGCAUGAAGAGUUUUUUAGUGAAAUGAUUUGGAUUAAAGGCCUGAAAAAUCGUCCCACGAGUUCAUUUUUGCCCAGAUUAUAGUGUAAAAUACAUCCGUAAUGCACCAAGUGUAUUUCCGUGCAACUAUCAUCUGAAUUAGUGCAUUUUCUCUGUACGGAGGAUUUUGACGACUGCAGAAGUUCGCCCCCCUUUCUAAUCCGCAAAAAAUCCUCCUUUUUUCUCCAACAAACUCAUUCCACCUAUUUCCAGCAUCACUCUUCUUCCUACGUGGGCGUUCAGGCCAAAAUCCAAAGGAUAAAAUCAAGUUAGCCUAGGGCUGUCUGUGCAACCUCUGGAGAUCUCUGGGUAAUUUUUCUUUGUGUUGCAUCACGGCAGUUUGUAACAAAGCAAAGUCACAAAGUCGCGGUGAAAGUGAAAUUUUUGGGGCGAACCAGCGGCAAAAGGGAAAACAACACACACACACGAGAGUUCUGUGCAAGAGCUAGGGGGCGAGAAGUGUGAUUCCCAGGAAGUGGGUCAGAAGAUUGUUUUGGAAUUUUAUCAGAGGUGUGUGAUAGAGAGAAGAGCUUAAAGAACAUGGCGUCCAGCAGUAGCAGCUGUUGUGGCACAAAGAAGCAAAAGCUCAACUUUCAAGAGAAAAAGGGGAACAACUACGUUCACCAGAAUGGGCAUGGUGGGAUGACGAAUGGACAUACCAAUGGGGAGUCUCUCAUGGAGAGUAUUGCAUCCCCGGAUAUGUGCUUCUUCUGCUUCGAAGUACUCUACUGCGAGCUCAACAACAUCGAAGGUCCUGCGGAUCCCCAGUUUACCAAUGAGGCGUUUCCAUUGUUUGUGACCUGGAAAAUAGGACGUGACCGCAGACUCCGUGGAUGUAUUGGAACAUUCAGUGCUAUGCACCUACACACAGGUCUCCGAGAAUAUGCAAUAACAAGUGCUCUCAAGGAUUCGAGAUUUUCGCCAAUAACCCGUGAUGAAUUUCCAAGACUGACCGUUUCUGUAUCAAUUCUUCAGGGAUUCGAAGAGGCUCGAGGAUACUUAGAUUGGAUACUGGGUGUUCAUGGUAUCCGGAUUGAAUUCCAAAAUGAGCGUGGAUGUAAGCGCACAGCUACAUAUUUGCCACAAGUGGCAACUGAGCAGGGUUGGGAUCAGACACAGACAAUUGAUUCGCUUUUGCGAAAAGGUGGCUUCCGUGCACAGAUUACACCCGAUAUUCGGCGUGCCAUUAAACUCACACGCUACCGUUCGCAAGAGGUGCACAUGACGUACAACGAGUACCGGGAGAUCCUCGAGAGACAAUCACAUUACGGUAAAGUGCAAUGCUAACCGCAUCCGGGCAGCCUGUCAUCUCUCAUCGUCGCACAGUUGAGAAGAUGGACUUUUCUUAGAGUAAUCGUGAGGUAUUUUUCUCUUGUUAGGGGUAUUUUUAGUUCUUUGCGAUCGUGAUUUUCCUCCUUUUUGUUGAAUGAAAAGCAAUUUCAUGGGAGGAUGGUGGGAGAAAAUCGAUCAUUUCUUCCCCCAAAAAAACAACAGUUUAACUAUACAAAAAAUCCACUAAUUUUUCCGGGCAUGUAGGAUGUUGCUUUAACCCUGACAAUCCGAGCUUUCGAUAAAUAUAAAUAGUAAUAUAUGCAUAUAGGCGCUAAAUUCGUCACAGCUAAUUGUAUAAAUGGAGUAAAAUUGCACUGAUGUAAUUAAUUGUAAAGACGACUUUUAAAGAAAAUUAAAAGUUUUGAAUCAGACAAAA